UUAAAAUUAAUUUUAAAGUUACUUAUGAAAAUCACAAUAUUCACAUACAUUUGUAUACAUCUAUAGAUAUGUAUUUAUGCUUAUAUAUAUGUAUUAUUUUGGGCCAAAUUCAUUGCUUGUAUCAUGUUGGGAUUGCGGCUGAUGCUGCGACUUUUAUUGCUAUUGCCAUUGCACGGCGCUGGCUCCACUUCAACGGAGGCGCCCUAUCAACCCGAGAUGCCCGAACGUUGCAAAUAUCUAAAGGACUCCAAAGAGGUGAUGUUUCAGAAAUGCAAAGGGAAUUUCCCGCUGGUGGCAUAUACGAAAUUCCGCGAUACAUUCAUGAAACAAACUGAUCGUAUGGCCCUCUUUAUGCCACAAUCAUUGGAUCAUAUUUUAGUGUCCUUGAAGGAGUCGCAAUUGCACUACUGCCACAGCAUUCAACUCCUGGAGGUUAAUGAAUACAUAUGCUACAAUGAGCACGGCUUCAAGCGCACUAUCAAACUACGAUCGGCUCGUAUGUAUUGCUUUCCAUUUCACAUCCAACUGACAGAUGAUCUGAUGCACGAGUGUGUACUGGAGCGUGAUGGUGUCUCUCAGUCAGAUCUGGAGACAAACACGCUGAGAACGAAGCGCGGUAUCAUUCACUAUACCUUCGAUAAUGAUUCAGCUGUCCGCCAUUCGCUGUCAAAGCCAAAUGCCAUAAUCCAGGUGUUAGUCGUGCUGGCAAUGUUGUUCUACUUCUAAAUUUAGCGAAAACAAGUUACACCUAACGAGCGAGGAAGAUAGGUAUGGCGAAGCAACAGUUGACGGAAAUCAGGAUCAGCAGCACCGGCACCAGAGGAAACAAAGCACGAGGCAACGAGUAGCAAACGGCAACUAGUCCAGGUUCUAGCCACAAAAGUGCAACAACAGCUAGUGAUACAUAGAAUUUUAAUACAUUAAUACGAGAAAACAACAAUUGUAAGAUUCGAGUAAAAUGCAAUGUAUUCUGUAAGCUGUAAAUAAAAUUUGACGAGGCAUUUGCAGCGAGUCACUGAC